GCGGUGAGUAGGACGUCCAGGCCGGACCUCCCAAGGUCUCCGCCUGCACCCACGGAGGCCAGGACCUCGGCCUCCAACCUGUGGCUCGGAGUCAGGCAGCGGGUGUGAAAGCCGGGAAAGCCAGGCGUUUGAAGAAAACCAUCAAUUCACUUUUUAUCUCAUAGGAAGUGUUGAGUGUCUGUUCUUCCUUCCGAGGUGAACUCUGUGUCUGUUCUCAAUGUUGUGGGUGGCUGCGGGGGCGGUUCACCCCACAAACGGGGCUCUUUGUCCUCACGGUCAUCCUCCUUUCCUUUGUCUUCUGUCCCUGGCCCCGCCUCCCUAGCUAGAGUGGACCGUCCCCACCGUCACCAAGGACGCUUGCUUCCAAAUCCCUGUUCCUGGCCCCCCCACCCCUACCCCACCCUAUGACCACGGGGCAUUUGCAACUUUCCCUCUCAGCCCCAUGGACUGGGGUUUUUCACGGCCUGUUCCUGUCCUCCGUGCCCCCCGCCUCUCAGCUCGAUGCGGGGGCUGGCCCAGCCCUCCCACCGCCGCCUACACGCUCCGUCAGCUUCUCCGUGUGCUUCACACCAGGGCCCAAGCAGCUGCGCGGGACUUCACACGGAGGGCACCAUCCUGUUGACUCACAUCCCUUUAAAUGCGGGGCACACAUCUCGGGUGGGCCCUGUAGGGCCGGAGACCCUCCCACACCUUCCCACUCGGUGCCUCCCACUCAGGCCCUCAGCCCACCAUCUCCCGCCUUCUCUGUCUCCUCAAACUCCGUCUUACUCUCGGGUUGUAAUCCUGCUGCAUGUCACUGAGGAAGUGAAAGCCAUCAGAAGACAAUGUCCUCACCUUUCCGAGGCCGUGUCUGUGGACCUGCCGUCCCCCGCCGUCUGUCCCCGGGCAGGACAACCCCGUCCCACCUCCCGUGCAGGACGGGACCCCCCCCCCUCCGCCGUAUGCACUGGGUUCCCUAACGCUCUCGCUUUCUCAGAACCUUCCCUGUCCCAUCACCACAUUUCUUCCUCCUGGGUUAGUCCAGUGAAUACACAAUCACGCCACCGUGUCUUUCCCCCUAAGACGAAGGGAAUGUGCCAUGACCGUGUUCCGCUCCCUUUCACAAAAUUUCCAGAGAGCUGCGGGGCUUGCCUCAUCGCCACCCGCCCUUCCUGUUUUAAACUCAUUUUUAACUUACCUCACAUUAACUUUCACUUUUACGAUACAGCAGCUCCGAUUUUCCAGAAGGAUUUGCGGUCCGGUGAGCUCCCGCGCCGGCACGACGCAGAGCAUUUCCAUCUCCUCAAACCCUCCCCCCUGGCCUCCACCCUUUCAAGCCCUGGCAACUGUUGGUUGGUUCUCGGUGCUAUCAGGUCCUUCUCACCCUUGGCCAUGGCUGUCCACCUUUCGUCCCCACCCCUGCCCCUGCUGGGACCACCAACCCCUUCCCCGUCACCCCAGCCAGGGCUCUGUUUUCAGCUUCCUUUAACUUGGACUCUCCCAAGUGGUCCUUCACCCCGUCUUCUGGAAGCACUUCUUCCCUCAGCUUCUGGAACACUACAGGCUUCUGGGUCUCUUUCUAACUCAACACCUGUUGCUUCCUGACCACCAGAGGUUGGAGUUGUCC